CCUCGAUCCCCACAUCGCAUCCCCCCGCCAUGUCCUCGGACGACGACUUCUACCUGUUCACCAACGGGUCGGUGCCGGGCCCAUGGGACGGCCCCCAGUACCACAUUGCGCCGCCGUGGGCCUUCUACCUGCAGACGGCCUUCAUGGGCUCCGUGUUCGCCGUGGGCACCCCACUGAACGCCGUGGUGCUGUGGGUCACCGUGCGCUACAAGCGGCUGCGCCAGCCCCUCAACUACAUCCUGGUCAACAAUCUCGGCCAGCGCUUCGUCUCCUGCGUGCUCAGCGUCUUCGUGGUCUUCGUGGCCAGCGCCCGCGGAUACUUCGUCUUUGGGAAGAGGGUCUGUGAGCUGGAGGCCUUCGUCGGCACCACUGGGGGUACGAGGGGCUGUAGGGGCUGUGGGGUCUGUGGGAUUGGGGGCACCAUGGGGUGCUCUAUAGGUGCUGCCCCCCACAGGUACAUGCCUGAGGGGCUGCAGUGCUCGUGUGGCCCCGACUGGUACACGGUGGGCACCAAGUACCGCAGCGAGUAUUACACCUGGUUCCUCUUCAUCUUCUGCUUCAUCGUCCCACUCUCCCUCAUCAUCUUCUCCUACUCCCAACUGCUGAGCGCCCUGCGAGCCUGCAUCAUGGAGACGGUUUGUGGGAAGCCUCUGACGGACGAUUCGGACGCAUCGAGUUCAGCUCAGAGGACCGAGGUGUCCUCAGUGUCCUCCAGCCAGGUCAGCCCCACUUAGGGGGCUGCCCCACACAUCACCCCCCCCCGCCCCACAUCAUCCCCCACUGCCCCACAAC